GGUGAAGGAACAUGUAAUAUUUUUCUGAAAGAUGCUAGCACGUGCGUUUUGUUCAAAAAUAAACCACGAGCGAAAGCAAGAGUAUGAACAUUUUUUAGGGUGAUGGAUAAAACGUUUCUUCUAAAAGUAAUAACUGAAUUUAAAAAAAACACUGAAGAGCUAACGCGUUCGCUGCACAUAUAUCUGCAGGAUGAAUAAGAAUAGCUAAAUGCUGCGAUACUAUAGCUAUUUUGCUGCAUGCAUUUAAUAAAGAUAUAUAAAUAUAAAUAUUUAGAAUUGAAAGGAGGCGACUCGUCAUUGCUUAGGCUACCCAUGGAUCAAAGCAUGAAAUAAGUCCGAUUUGCUUAUUGCAAGAUUCAGCAAGAGCGUCGAAGCCGAGCACUUCGCCGCCAAGCCGUAGCCGUUAUGGUGAAGCUCAGGAAGUUCAGCGGCAAACGUGCUGGGUUGAAUUUUCCUUUGCGAAACUCCCCCGUCUGAUUUGUUGAGAACCGCACAUUACUCUCAGACAGCACGAUGUUUAGGUCGAUAUACUUCGGGAAAAUUAGCAAGGAGAAAACCGAGAGGCUGCUAGAGCUUUAUGGCAAAGAAGGGAGCUUUUUGACGAGGGACAGCGAGAGCGAGCGCGGCGCCUACUGCCUGUGCGUGCGAAGGACACCUUUCGUUCAUACCUACAAGAUCUCCCAGUAUCAUGGAGGCUGGGCAGUUAAGACGCCUCCGGGAGUGAAGCCGCAGUGUUUCGAGACGCUGAACGACCUUAUUGAUUGUUACAGAGCGGCCGCCCCCGACAGUAUGGCACCUCUACUGCAUCCUUUGGAAAAACGACUGAGACGGUGUACCUGGAGAUGUGAUACCCUGUCCCCAGGGGGCGCUGUGUGUGUGUGAGGUACUGCCCCUGCAUGGCUGUGUGCUGGGAAACGGCCCAGCCGACCCCUUGAAAAAGGAGCAAGACCAUGAGUGCCUCCACACAAGCACAGCCAGCAGCAUUUCUACCCAAAGAGCCACACCUCAGCAGCAAUUAUACUGCUAAAAAAUCUUUGAUAAUGCGGUUAUUGAAGACAGAAUCAAUGCAGCUGUUGUAUGCUUAUGUCACAGCUGAGAAAUGCGAGCCUCAGUCCGCCCGUGCCUGCUGCAUGACUGCUUAAUGCGGCUCUACUCUGGAACCCGAGGCAAACAACCGAGUGGUAUGGAAGAGAGCUGAUUUAGGGUCAAGGGAUCACAUGUCAAGGAGGCUGAUUGGAGAUACUCACCGUAUUGUUUUUUGGUUAAUUACAGUACUUUUGAAUGAGCAAUUUACUCUUAUCGAUUUAUUAAAGGAAGGCCCAACAUUCCAUCAGUAAUAAUCGGAGGAAAUGGCUCAUUGAUGCUGUUUAUAGGAUAUUUGAUAGUAUUUAACUGCUUUUAGUGGCUUUCAAGAUAAAGGGGAUGGCUAUUACCUCAGAUUUUCUUAAUUAUUUCAUGAAUUUUAAAGACUUGCUUUUAAGUAGCUUGACCUAAAAAUUGAACACAGUCUCUUUUCAAAAAUGUUGUUUUAUCUGUUGCUUUACUUCAUGGUCUUAAUGGCUCGAGUUUGCAAACUACAGCAUUGCUGUUUUCUUAUAAUGCUACAAAUGUUCGCCCCAGCGACUUUCCCUUUGAUGUGUGGCAUGGAGGUAGCUCUGUUGUCAUCACUGGAUUGUAAUUUGGGCCCAGUGUUGUAUUUUGUUGUUUGAUGCAGGCUGUUCAUUUCCCAAGGGAUUUAUUCCUCUGCCGUUCAAACUUCUUCCUAAUUUCAAGGAUUUCAUCGUGGUUUUUACGUUACGUCAACGUUACACUUUUCUUCUGGAGAACGUUUCUUCACCAACGCCUCCCUCGUGGUAUCUGUGUUCAUUAUCAGCUUGUUGUACUUGCAUACCAGCUUGUAACGUCUAGUGAAAUAAAUAAAUGGUUUGCACAGGGA